AGGGGAAACCUCCGCGAUAAACGCAAAGCAAAGCCGGGCCAGCAGCGCGGAGAGAUAAACGCAGCAGCCGCGGCCGGAGUGAAAACGAACCAACGAACCAACGAACGGGCGUGUUUUCUCCAGCUUUGCUGCGGCUUCUUGCCUUUUUUACCCUUGUAAGAUAAUCGUGUAAUUAUUCCAGUGUGUUUUUUUAGAGGCGUCCUGUCGUUUACAGUCCAGGGGAGAAAGAAAGAGAGAAAGAGAGAGAGAGGAUAACACGGAAAACUCUUGGAUUUUUUUUUUACGCACGAGAAAAAAAAAACCCGACCGGCAAAAAAAAGCUUUUAUUUUUAUUUUUCCUGUAUUUUUUUCCUUUUUCUUUGCUGAAAUGAUGACUGGAGCAGAGGUUUGAUUCCCAAAACCCCAUGAUAUGGUGUUUUCCACUGCUGGAAGUUGAAUCGUUGCGUUUUGAUUUUUCCUUUCCUGUUUUUUUUUUCUUUUUUCUUUAGUUUAUUAUAGGCUGUUUAUUAUUAUAAGACUAGACUUGUAGGUAAUAAUGCUACUGGAUGCGGGGCACCAGUUCCCGGGACUGGGAGUGGGCUCCUUCGCCCGGCAUCACUCCGCCAGCGACAUGCAGGACAGAGACUUGAGUCUGGCCCAGAACAGCUUCGUGGAUUCGGCCACGGCGCACAUGGGCGCGUUCAAGCUGAACCACGAGCUCUCCAGCCCGGGCCAGAGCUCCGCCUUCAGCAGCCAGGCGGGCCCGGGCUACGGGGCCGCGGCUCUGGGGGCCCACGCCGCGCACGCCUACAGCGGCUCCCCGUUCAACUCCACCCGGGACUUUCUGUUCCGCAGCAGCCGCGGCUUCGGGGACUCCUCCCCGGGCUCCGGCGGCCAGCACGCCGCCCUGUUCGGCCCCGGGGCCGGCUCCCUGCACCACCACUCGGACCCGACGCAGGCGGGGGCCGCGGCGGCCGCGCACAUCCUCUUCCCGGGGAUCCACGAGCAGCACCCGGGCUCGCACGUGUUCGGGCGCACGGACCAGUACCAGGUCGGGGUGUCCAGCCCGCGCGCCACGGACCCGUACGCGGCCGUGGCGCACAGCGCACAGCUGCACAACCAGUACGGAUCCAUGAAUAUGAACAUGGGCAUGAACAUGGCUGCGCACGCGCACCACGCGCACCACGCGCACCACCACCCCGGCGCGUUCUUCCGCUACAUGCGGCAGCAGUGCAUCAAGCAGGAGCUGAUCUGCAAGUGGGUCGACCCGGAGCAGAUCUGCUCCCCGAAGAAGUGCUGCAACAAAACUUUCAGCACCAUGCACGAGCUGGUGACGCACGUGUCCGUGGAGCACGUCGGCGGGCCCGAGCAGACUAACCACGUCUGCUUCUGGGAGGACUGCGCCCGCGAGAGCAAGCCCUUCAAGGCGAAGUACAAGCUGGUCAACCACAUCCGCGUCCACACGGGCGAGAAGCCGUUCCCCUGCCCGUUCCCGGGCUGCGGGAAAGUGUUUGCGCGCUCCGAGAACCUGAAGAUCCACAAGAGGACGCACACAGGAGAGAAACCGUUCCAGUGUGAGUUUGAAGGUUGCGACAGAAGAUUUGCAAACAGCAGCGACCGGAAAAAACACAUGCACGUACACACGUCAGACAAGCCAUAUCUGUGCAAGAUGUGUGACAAGUCCUACACACACCCCAGCUCGCUGCGGAAACACAUGAAGGUCCAUGAAUCUUCUCCACCACCAGCGUCGGACUCGUCGCCGGCCGCCAGCUCCGGCUACGAGUCGUCCACGCCCCCGGGCCUGGUGUCGCCCACGGCGGAGACGCAGAGCAACACCACGCUGUCUCCCGCCUCCGCCGUGCACAGCGGCCACAGCGGCCUCUCCUCCAAUUUCAGUGAAUGGUAUGUGUGAGGACUCGAACCCUUGAAGCGAAAAAAAAAAGCUGCACACACUUGAUUCUCAGCACUGACGGGAGAGAGGACUGACCGGUGGCACAAAACUGCACACAAGAGGCACACAAAACAUUUAUUUUUUAUUCUGUUACUUCUCAUUUUCUGCCAGGGACGUUAUAAUUACAAACAAAACAGAGGAAAAAUAUGUAUAAUAUUUGAGGUUGUAUUUCAUAUUGUAAAUAAUUACUAAAAGCCCACUUUCCCAUUUGGUUGUGAUAGCUCGUCAGUCUGUCGGUGUAUAGAUGUUCCUUCUACGGUAGCUAUUUCUCUAACUGGACUUUUAGUGCACAUUACCAUGACAUUUUACUAUAAUGUUGAAUAUUGUGAUUCCAAGGCAAGUUGAUUGUACUAUACUAAAAACAUCUAUCACCUGGAAAGAGUGCCAAAGUUAACAUUUAACUCAAAACAGACCACAAUAUUAUGCUUGUGAAUGUAUGUUUUAGUUUGCUGGGCUUUCACUUGUGAUGUUUUGUGCUUUGCAAGUUCGAAUUGUGAAAUACUAUCUGGAAAGAUUGUGAGGACAAUAAACGUUGUGCCGUUGAAUUUUUUCUGUAACUACACCCUUCCUUUUGUAAAUAUCAGCUGCCAUAUUUAUCCAUUUGUAAUUAAAUUAUGGUAUUUACUUGCUACAGAUGAAACAGUAUUUAUAAAGAAUGUUUCUUUACUAUAAAUAUGUACAAUGAUGAGCUGAACACGGGCAGUCGUUUCGUUAUGUGCUUUUGUUCAAAGUUUUAAGAGGUGUUUUCUUCCUUAUUGUGAUAAGAAUUUUACUGCAUACAUAUAUAAU